CUCGUGCGACGCGCGACCGCGCGAGCGAACGCUCGGCUCGGAGCCGGCCAGCGGUACUCCACCGCCUCCUCCUACUCCUCUCUUGGUCCUCUUUUCCUCCUCCUCCUCCUCCUUCUUCUUUUCUCUCUUCAGUUGUUUCUUCUUCCCCUACCAACCCUGGAGAGACGAACACUCCGUGUUCGUUCGUUCCUUCCUCCCCUUCCUCUUGCGCACUCCCUCGCUCGCCUCCUUGCCCGCUUCUUCCUCUUCUUCUUCUUCUUCUUCCCGUCUCGCGGACCCGGAGUUGAACCGGAGGCAGCCAGGCAGGAGACCGCGAUCGCCCUCUUCCUCGCAGGAGCGAGAGAAGAAGACAGGGAGAGAGGGGGCGGAGGGGCGAUCCCCCGUCAACGUCGGGGAAAACGAGCGAGCCGAAGCGAGUGAGCGCGCGCGACGUCGCCCGUCGCGGAAGGCCCGAGAGAAGGCACUCUCUUCUCGGCCCCGGUCCUUUCGGCGGAGGAAUUCUAGCUGGCGUGGCUCGGCGCGACCGCCGCCUCCACCUUCCUUCCUUCCCUCCACCCGGAGUCCAUUCAGAGACCUCCCUGGAUGGGACGGUCCGCAUACACCAUCGGUCUGCUCGGUGCCCGGUUCUGCGCGAUAUUUUGUGACUGCCUGUCUGUGCGGUGCUCGGUGCUUUCGGCCUGGUGCUUCUCGGCUCCCUAGACCCAUCGAGGAAUAGGGAGGUCGACAUGACCCGGUUGGGAUUGCGAUUCGUCGCAUCCGCAGUUUUCCUGGCCGGGAUUGUUAAUGGGCAAUAUAAUCACACAUCAUGGCCGAAUCCGCCGCCGGUCGUGCCGCUGGAGGAGCGAGGUGAUAUUGGAAAGCCUACAAACGGCAGCGAUGACGACUACGGCAGUUCGUCCGGAUGGAACUUAAGCAGAGGGUUCAUCACGGACAACGAAGGAUACGAGGAUGCGGAAAGGCGGAACGGCAGUUACACGGCUGGUCAUUACAGUCCCGAUGAAAGGACUCGGCACUGGCUCUAUAGGAACAGGAGCGAUCCCCACGGUCAAUUUUCCUCGGGCCGAUUGCCUUACGAUCGGGCACCGCAGGGCUACGACAGGUAUCCUGACAGCGGCGGCGCGUCGGGAUACGGAAUUGACGAAAACCGACCAGGCGGCUAUCCCGAUGGCCACGGCGAUUACGAUACAUACAGCGGUGCCGGUGAAAGCGAACGAGGAGGAGGAGGAGGUUCUUAUAAUUACGGUCAAGGAGGAUCCAGUGAUGACGGUAGUUACGGAGGAAGUCAUGGUGCGGGAGGUGCGGAUUCCUACGGUCGUGGAGGUGGGCAAGCUUACAGUGGCGGUCGUGGAGGCGGAGACGCUUAUGGCGGCGGUCGCGGAAGUGGACAAGUUUACGGCGGCGGCGGUCGUGGAAGCGAUGACGCUUAUGGUGGCGGUCGUGGGCGUGGUCAUGGUGGUUACGGGGGUUACGCUGCCGCUGGAGCUGACGAGAAUUAUCCGAGCAAUUACCAAGUGGUACCGAUGCCCGGAGCACCGCGAAACUGUACCGGAUCAGGAUGCUGCAUACCCAAAUGCUUCGCCGAGAAGGGCUCGCGGGGACCACCAGGAAUAAUGGGACCGCAAGGUCCCAAAGGAUUUCGUGGAUUUCCUGGAGCAGAAGGUCUUUUAGGACCCAAAGGUGAGAAGGGAGAUCCCGGUCCGCAAGGUCCGCACGGUGCGAAAGGUGACAGAGGAAAAAUGGGUAUGCCUGGUUUUCCUGGUAUAAACGGCGUGCCUGGAGUACAAGGAUCUCCAGGUUCCCCAGGCUUGCCCGGUCGUGACGGCUGCAACGGCACGGACGGUGAACGUGGGCGUGAUGGUAUACCCGGAGAACCAGGACCUCGCGGUUUUAAGGGUCUGCCUGGACCUAAAGGAGACAAGGGCCAGUCAGCGUACGCUGGUUCUUUCCCGCAGGGUCAAAAGGGUGAACCUGGUAACGACGGUGUGAGAGGCCCUCCCGGUCCCCCCGGUUUUCAGGGAGACCGUGGCCCGUCUGGCCUGAAGGGUGAACGAGGUCCCUACGGUGCCCCUGGCAUACCAGGUCCAAAAGGAGAAAAAGGAAACAUGGGUCUUGGAUUUGAAGGAUUAAAGGGAGACAAAGGUCAAAAGGGCGAUGCAGGACCUCCAGGUUCGACAGCGCCUAUUAUGCCGUUUCAAGGAGUCUCGGACAUAACGGGUCCGCCCGGAGACACAGGCCAAAAAGGAGAUAAAGGUGAAAUGGGAUUGGAAGGACUAAAAGGAGAACCUGGAUUCAUAGGCGAUCAUGGCAUACCCGGAGGGUCAGGUCAUAAAGGAGAAAAAGGUCUUCCAGGAGCUCCAGGCAUUCGUGGUAGAGAUGGUUUCUCUGGACCUCCUGGACCUCCCGGACGAAAAGGUGAUCGAGGUAUUGACGGAUUGGAAGGACUUAGUGGACGACACGGCAAGAAAGGAGAAUCCGGUCGAGAUGGACCGAUGGGUGUUCCAGGUUUACGAGGACCUCCUGGUCCACCAGGAGGUGGUAAAGGAAGACCGGGACCACCAGGUCCGAAAGGACCACGUGGUUUUCCAGGACCUACCGGGCCACGAGGAACAGACGGUUUUCCAGGAGACCCAGGACCAAGAGGUCCCAUAGGUUUACAAGGAGGUCCCGGAUUGUCUGGAAUUCCAGGUCCAGAAGGUUUGCCAGGAGAAAAAGGUGGAAAGGGUGAGCCUGGUUUGACCGGAUUUCCUGGAGGUCCAGGUCCACGUGGCUUCGAUGGACCACCCGGACCGGCGGGACCGCGAGGGCCGCCAGGAGAGAAAGGACUCUCAAUAAUGGGACCGAAAGGAAUGGAUGGAUCGCCUGGUUUCGACGGAGAGAAAGGUCAAAAAGGCGAACGAGGUUACGUGGGUGUCCGAGGUCGACCAGGAGACUCUCUAGAUGGUAUUCCAGGAGCACCGGGUGCACCCGGUGAAAAGGGAGAAGCCGGAACGUCAGGAAGAGACGGCUUACCAGGUCUUCCUGGAAAUCCUGGAGACAAAGGAGAUAUCGGCGGUCGUUGUAUAGAUUGUUUACCGGGAUUGCGAGGCGCCAAAGGAGAUCGUGGUUUGGAUGGUAUACCCGGACUUACCGGACCUCGAGGACCACCCGGAGAACGCGGUUUCCCUGGGGAACCUGGAGUGGAUGGUUUGCCAGGCCCAAUCGGACCUCCGGGACUGCCAGGAAAAGAUGGUAUACCCGGUUCUCCAGGACCUCAAGGAUCACCCGGAACCCCAGCAACAGUGACAUGGGGCAUGCUCAAACUGGAAAAAGGUGAUAAAGGAGCGCGAGGAGAGUCUGGUCGACAAGGUCCGCCGGGACCAGAAGGGCCUCCGGGAGAGAAGGGUAGACCUGGAUUCGAAGGUUUCCCAGGGCUUAAAGGAACUCCAGGAGAUCGCGGUUUCCCUGGACAAGAUGGCGUUCCAGGAAGACCAGGUACGCCUGGACGCAAGGGAGAUAAGGGAAUAAGUGUAAAAGGUGAAUCCGGAGAACCAGGUCGUCCAGGAUCUUCAGGACAGAAAGGAGAGCCUGGUUUGUACGGAGUUAAGGGUGAACCUGGUGAAUGUCCGCCACUUGACCUUAUGAAAGGCUUCAAAGGUGAUCGAGGUUUAACUGGUGACAAGGGAGAACCUGGACCACCUGGCAGGGAUGGAUUACCUGGUGAUAAAGGAUUGCAAGGCUUCUCGGGUCCACCCGGUCCAAUUGGCCCAAUCGGUGCUCCUGGGCCUGUCGGUCCAAGAGGUUUACCUGGUCCGCGUGGUGAUAAGGGUAACAUGGGUCCUAUGGGUUUCCCAGGAGAACUUGGUCGAGAAGGACCUAGAGGUUUCCCGGGUGCACCGGCUCCAAAGGGUGACAAGGGAGAACCUGGAAUAUCAGUUAAAGGUAGUCCUGGUCUACCGGGUCCUCCGGGUGAAAGGGGAGAGAAAGGUCUUCCUGGACCACCAGGAAAAGAAGGUCAGCCCGGUUACCAGGGAUUACCGGGUUUCGCUGGCGAGAAAGGAGACAUUGGCGCACCGGGAAUCAAUGGUUUGCCAGGAGCACCUGGUGAGAAAGGAGAUACAGGUCCAAAUGGUCCACCUGGUCCUCCAGGUGUUGCCGGUAUUCCAGGAGCGGAUGGAAUCAAAGGCGAGCCCGGAUUAACAGGAGAGCCAGGUAGAGCGGGUCUCCCUGGAUUCCCGGGAACGAAAGGUGAUCGCGGUGAACCAGGUAUCGAUGGAUCAAAAGGAUAUCCCGGCAGACGAGGAUUACCUGGUGGUCCAGGUAGACCUGGAGUUGAUGGCUUGACAGGUAUAAAGGGUGAACGCGGUGACAAAGGUUCACCAGGAUUCCCCGGAUUACCAGGUAUGGAAGGAAAGCCUGGUCGUCCUGGAAUAUCCGGACUGAAAGGUGAUCUAGGACCGCCUGGUACGCCGGGCUUACCAGGACUCAUCGGUUAUCAAGGAGUUAAGGGCGAUACUGGUCCACCGGGCCCAACGGGAAGGAAAGGAGAGCCAGGAGAGGUAUCGGAAAAAGGACAGAAAGGCGAGCCAGGAAUGCCUGGAAUACGAGGUCCUACAGGUCCUCCGGGACGAGAUGGUGUCGAUGGAGCGAAGGGCGAAUCUGGCAGACCAGGCAUUGGGCGUGACGGAUUACCUGGAUUAAAGGGUGACGCGGGUGUACCGGGUCGGCAUGGAGCGCCAGGAUUCCAAGGUCAAAAGGGUGAUACUGGCGUACGAGGAUUCCCUGGAAUAAAAGGCGAUUACGGUCCACCGGGUAUAUCCGGAGAACCAGGUCCGCCCGGCAUAGAUGGACUUCCUGGAGAAGUUGGCGAUGUCGGGCCACAGGGAGCACCUGGUUUUCCUGGACUUGAUGGCGAAAUGGGCGCUCCUGGUCGGCCUGGACUCGAUGGUGUUAAAGGCGACCGCGGUUUGUCAGGACUCGUCGGAUUGCCGGGUAUUCCUGGAGCACUUGGAGAAAAGGGAGAUCGUGGACCUCCGGGACCUACAAUCCAAAUUAAGGGUGAGAAAGGUGAACCAGGUAUUCCUGGAUACCCUGGAGACAAAGGAGACAAAGGAGAUCAAGGUCUGAUAGGUAUCGCUGGUUAUGACGGCGAAAAGGGUGACAGAGGUCCAAUUGGAUCCGAAGGUGCUCCUGGACCUCAUGGUGCUCCCGGACCUAAAGGCGAACUAGGACCUCCUGGUAUUGCUGGAGUUCCCGGAGUUACGAUAAAGGGGGAAAAAGGUUUGCCAGGUUUAAUGGGUAAGCACGGCAGGGACGGAUUUUCAGGACGGCCAGGUGAGAAGGGUGAACCGGGAUUGCCUGGUUUGCCUGGACCAAAGGGAGACAUUGGUCCUUACGGGCCAGUUGGACCACAAGGUGAAAAAGGUGAUCAAGGACCACCAGGUCUAACUGGAUCACCAGGACGUGACGGAGUUCCAGGUCUCGAAGGUGCACCAGGAUUACCUGGUGACAUAGGUCAGAAGGGUGAUCAAGGGCCGCCUGGACAAUUCGGUGUCCCAGGAUUGAAGGGAGAACCCGGUUUCCCAGGACCAAGUGGAUUAGAUGGACCUCAAGGAGAAAAGGGUGAAAGAGGUUGGGAUGGUGUAAAUGGUCUACCUGGACCACCAGGCGAGAAAGGUGAUAGAGGAUAUCCUGGUCAAGUCGGAUUAAUGGGUACUGUUGGCUACAUAGGUGCGAAAGGAGAAAAGGGUGAAGAUUGUCUCGAGCCGCCAAUGGGACCUAAAGGAGAUCGCGGAUACCCUGGACCGGCCGGAGCGCCUGGUCCAUCAGGAGAGAAAGGACUUCCGGGCCCGCCCGGUUUCCCCGGCUUAGACGGUAUUAAAGGCGCCCAAGGUUUCAUCGGUCCAGCAGGGCCUCCCGGGCUACCGGGAUUGCCCGGACCUGUCGGUGUACCCGGUCUACCGGGUCUUCAAGGUCCUGUCGGUGCGCCAGGACUUACUGGCGAGCCCGGCGCGCCCUGCGAGACGACACCCGACUAUCUCACCGGUAUUCUUCUGGUCAAGCACAGCCAAAGUCAAAGCAUCCCGAUUUGCGAGCCCGGUCAUAUUAGACUCUGGGAGGGAUACAGUUUGCUUUACACUGACGGCGACGAGAGAGCGCACUCUCAGGACUUAGGUUAUGCCGGCUCGUGUGUAAGAAAAUUCUCGACGAUACCUUUCCUGUUUUGCGACGUCAACAACGUCUGCCAUUACGCUAGUCGCAAUGAUCGUUCUUACUGGCUGUCUACCAAUAGCCCAAUUCCCAUGAUGCCCGUCGAGGAGAGGGCGAUAGAAGAAUAUAUCUCCAGGUGCGUGGUGUGCGAAGUUCCGGCUAAUGUGAUAGCAGUACACAGUCAAUCGAUAAGCAUUCCAGAAUGUCCGGCGGGAUGGACCGGUCUUUGGAUCGGUUAUAGUUUUGUAAUGCAUACCGGCGCAGGUUCCCAGGGCGGCGGCCAGUCCCUGUCGAGUCCCGGUUCCUGCCUGGAGGACUUCCGCGCCACACCGUUCAUCGAGUGCAACGGCGCCAAAGGACACUGCCAUUACUAUUCUAAUCAGUACAGCUUCUGGAUGGUGACCAUAGAGGAAGGCCAGCAGUUCAGGAGCCCCGAGAAACAGACCCUAAAGGCGGGCAAUCUUAGAUCCCGAAUAAGUCGCUGCCAAGUUUGUAUAAAGAACACGUAAACGUUGCGCGCCACCGUUUACACACGUACACACACGCACACGCGUACACACACACGCAUGGCAUACACACACACACACCCACACACAUAUACAUGUAAUACACAAUUAUUUUUCCCUCUUUUUUUUUACACGAGAACAGAAGCGAAACUGUCAUUACGAGCAGCGAUUGAAACCGAUGCAAUUUCAUCGAGUUCCGGUCUCGACGGUUAGAGAUCCCACGCGGAAAUGAUCUCUAUGCUUAUCCGAGACAAUGAAAAUGCGUUCGAUUUGUGCGGGAUACAUUUUGUCGCAUCUCCGGACAACACACGGAAAAAUCGAACUCGCCGGAAUUGCACCGGUUCCGGUUUCUCUGAUAACAAGGAAGAAAAGAGCGGUAAUGUCUCUUGCGAACGGAACGACAACGGAACGGAAAUUCAGGACGACAUCGUCCGAUCCGUGUCCGACGACGUCGAGAAAUAAAGAGAAUGGACGUAUCCCUCUCUCCUGUGAUUCCCUCUUGCCUCAAACGUGUUCCGCAGCCACGUCUUGUCUUCAUUAUUUCCUGCCUCCUCGCCCCUCGCCGUCGGCGUCGGGAGGACACUUCGCGUCCCGGAAUAAGAGUUUCUUUCUCCGAGAGCCACCUUAUACCCUUCUCUCACUCGUUACCCGCUCUUUUAUCUUCGCGCUUCCUCUCUUUCGCCAUAUGUGUUUUCUUCUUUUUUUAUAUAUAUAUGUAUAACUAUUCAAGCAAGUGCCUUUAUAGCGUACUCUAUUCUAGCAUGUAAAAUAAUAUAUAUUUAUAUUCGUCUGAAUCUCGUAUUGAAGUCUAAGUUUAUCGUACCACCACGGACACUGCCCAUAUCCAAUAUGGCACAUUUUACAUAUUGUAUAUUAAUAUAAACGAUCUUAGCCUGGUAAUCGUGUGACGCCAAAUAUUUAAAUAAAUAGGUAUUUUGCUACGUAGCUAAUAAAAUUCUAUUUUCAAACUUCA